CAGAACCAGAACCAGAACCAGAACAGAAUGACUGGAGACCAGCGCUACGUCAUCAGCGUCCGGGCGGUGGCAGGCGUCCGCAGAGAGAAACCGAGACUGAAGACCUUCAUGCUGUCCGUUCUCUGGUCCGAUGAGUCGGAAGUGAUCGUCUACAGGUCCUUCCAGGACUUCCGGUCAUUUCAUAAGCAGCUGAAGAGAAGAUUUCCAAACUUUAAUCCCUUCAGGAAGAACCAGAGGAAAAUCCCAAAGUUCUCCGGGAAGGCCCGGCGCAGCCUGCAGCAGACCGGAUCCAGGAAGUCAGUGAGGCAGAUGAGCUUCCUGCAGAGUUACUGCGAGGAGCUGCUGUGCUGCGACCAGACCGUGACCUUGAGUUCAGAGGUCACCCGGUUCUUCACGCCCAGAGAUCACGACCUGCAGACGGACUUCACCAAGAACACCGUCAUGAUCCUGAUGUCUGACGAGGCGCAGGACGCGGCGGGCGGCGCGCGGCCCCAGCAGGUGGGCGGCGUCACGCACCCCUUCGUCACGCAGACGUACCGCUGCGUGGCGCCGUACGAGACCACAGACACCAAGAACCGGACCUUUAAGGCGGCUGCCGGCGACCAGCUGGACGUCCUAAUCAAAGACCCGGCAGGAUGGUGGCUGGUGGAGAGCGAGGACAAGCGGUUAGCCUGGUUUCCGGCGCCUUACCUGGAGCUCUGUGAGGAGGAAGACGAGGAAGAGGAGGAAGAGGAGGGAAGGUUCCUGGGAGGGUCCCUGUACUGCGCCGUGAGGAACUACUCCACCUCCAAGAGCGACGAGGUGGGCGUGGCCAUCGGCUGCGUGGUCGAGGUGCUGCGCAAGUCUGACGACGGCUGGUGGCUGGUCAGGUGCGGCAGCAAGGUGGGCUACCUGCCCUCCAUGUACCUGCAGCCCUACAUUAACCCGCGGCGCCACCUGCCCGGCCGCCACCUGCACAGCUCCUCCCUCUACCUGACCUCCAGCGGCUCCCGGGGCUCGCGCUCCUCCCAACCGGUCCAGAACCAGGAGCCGGGCUCCAGGCGGGGGUCCGCGGUCCCGGAGCGGCUCCCCAGAGCUCAGUCCCUGGACGUGCUGUCAGAGAGCCGUCUGCAGGAUGCCGCCGCGGCGGCGUCAUCAUCGUCUUCAUCAGCCGCGUCCCACAGCAACAACUCCAUCUUCUCCAGCUUCUCCUCCAGCAGCGCCUCGUCCUCCUCCAGCCUGAGGGACGAGCCGCGCCACCCCGACCCGAGCCGCUCCUCCAGGUCCAGCACCGGGAGCUCCGGGUCGGCCGGGUCCAAAGGCAGCGAGUCGGGCCCGGCCCCCGGCGUGCCCCGCAGACCCGACCCCCAGGAGAUCCUGCUGCGCUGCAGCACCAUGACCCGCAAGGCGGCGCUGGCCUCCAGAACCCGGCUGCAGGCGCAGGCCGACCCGGUCCACAGCCGGCUGUAGAACCGCUGCAUGGGACUGAAGCGCCAGUCUUUGUUAUCGUGUUAAGAAGUAAAUACGGACUCUAGGGGGCGCUGUUUGUCCAGUUACACUGUAAAAAAUCUACAGGAAUAAUCGGCUACCGUCAUAUUUCCUGCAUGUUGCUCCAGCAGUGACGUCACAAAUAAACAUUUAGUUAUUUUUUUACUAGCGUUUCCAAACUAAAUAUUGAAUUGACCGGCUGUGUUUUCGGAUCAUUUUUCCUGUGUAACCAUAGAAACGGCUCUAGUAUCACAGCAGCACAGCUGCUCAGUUUGUAGCUUCAGUGAAGCAGAAAACCCGAUGAAACCUGCGACUCACUUCCUCUUCCUCUUCCUCUUCCUCUGUAACCUGCUAAUGGAAUCAGAUCAUCAUCGUUUUGUUUGCUUCAGUGAAACAAUAAAGGUUUAAUA